UGAUGAGGCUCAGGCAAGGUCGGUUACGUGUGUGUGUGUGCGCGAGCGGUCGCUGUGAAGUGGGCUAGACCCGCGUGUCAGGACAGCACUUUCUAGAAGCAGCGAGUCAGUCCUUACGUCCCCGGUCCGGUGUUUUAGACAAACAUAACCGUGUGUGGUGUCAGCGAUGGCCAGGGGAAGCCGCAGCCGCCCGUCAGCGCCAGCCAGCCCGGCUCCAUCCCAUGCUCCGCCUCCCGCUCAUCCGCCUCCUGCCUCCCUGGCUCCGGCUCAGUCCCAGGGUCCAGGCCUGAUGGCCCAGAUGGCCACCACAGCUGCAGGGGUGGCAGUAGGCUCAGCUGUGGGCCACGUUGUCGGCAGUGCCCUCACAGGAGCAUUCAGUGGCGGCAGCAGCAGCAGUAGCAGCCCAGAACCAGCCAAGCCUACAGCCCAGGAGCCCCCCCAGCGUGCUACAGCCCAGUCAGGCCCCUGUCAUUUUGAGGUCAAGCAGUUCCUGGACUGUGCUACCAACCAGACCGACCUGAGUUUAUGUGAGGGCUUCAAUGAGGCGCUUAAACAGUGCAAGUACUCCCACGGUGUGACAUCACUGGUGUGAAGGAUGGGCGUCUGCUGUCAUGACCAACAGAUUUCAGUUAUGAAACUUACUGUAGUCAGACUGUAGACACCAAAUAAAACACAAAUCCGAAGACUGUAGCUCAGGCAGUGAACAUAUUAAUUCUGUUUGUUGAUUGAUGGCUGUGUGAAAUGUUUUUGGUGAUGGACAGUGAUAUGUAUUUAAUAAAUAGCUGUUAUCUAUUUCCA